UGUGUCACGUGACCCACGCUAACCGCCAUCUUUGCUUAUCGUAUAAACAGUGCGACCGGGCUCAGCACGAAUUCUUGUUGGGAAAUCGUGGUUUUUCCAGUGUUUUUGAGUGAUUCAGAGGCAAAGAAAUGUCCGAAAUUAAGGCGGAGAGCAAGAACGACAACAACAUCGAGGAUGUGUCAAAGGACAAUUCUUCGGCAGAAGAAAAACCAAGUCCAACGAAAAAUAAACGAGGAGGUACGAAAAGACUGUCCACACUCGAAAGGACGGCCCAAGAAGGGGAACGUCUCACAAAGGAUUUAAAUGCAGCCGUAGGAGAAGUGGAAGGAAGGAGGCGUACACGUAGUUCAGCACGUGGCUUAACCUCGUCGACAGCUGUGCCAUCUCCACCUAAAAGGGAAAAGAGGGAUACAUCAACAAAAGGCACCGGUCGUGGACGCGGGCGUCCUAAACGGCAAGAGAAAAACAAUGAAAACAACACGGAUGAAGAAGCUAACAAUAAAAGUGAAAAGCAUUCUGAGGAGGAAUGUAUAAAAAUGGAUGUAGAUGAGCAAAAAGAUGAAACGGAAAAGUUGACAGACAGCGAGGACAAAAGUACCGCAAAAACAGAAAAUAAAGAAACCGUUGAAAAGACACUUGAUUCGAAUUUUAAAGAGGAAAAGGUAGUAGAAGAGUCAGAAAACUUUACAGAAGAUACCAAGAGUUCUACUGUCAGUGAAGAAAAAAAGCAGGAAGACAUAAAGGAUAGCUCGGAUUCGAGUCAAGAUGCAACAGACACCACAAUAGAAGCACCUCCUUCAUCUUCCUCAGAGUCUCAAAAUCCUUCUAAUGCUACUACUACUACUACUGCUACUACUACUACCACCACUACCACCACCACCACUACUACUACUACUGAAGAAAAUAAGGAAUAACCUUCUUUCGCCUGUUUACCAAUUUCAUCAGGUACCAGGGCGGCGCACACAUUGGGGUUACAAAUCCAGUCCCCCUCGUCUAUUUUAACAAAUUGACACCUUUCCGUCGAUCGUUAUUCUAAUCAGCGCACGCGGGUUUACGUUAUUUUUCAUUUUAAUUCGACGAAACAUUCUGAUGUGUGGUACAUUACACAUUUAUUACCAGAGUAAUUACUUGCUUGACGAUUAGUGUAUUUAAUGGUACUGAGUAUACCAUUGGCAUAGUUGUUUUAAUUUAACCUGUACUCGGACGGAGUGGUACAUACAACUCGUUGCACUGAUUAGUUGACGGUACAAAGCGAGGUGUAGAGCGUACGUUGUUCAUGUACAAUGAUAAUAUUAUUGUAAAAUAUAUUUAAUAUGGACUUAUAUAGACAAGUUGUUUUCAAAUCAGAGCUGAGGCCGGAGUCUAAAUACCAGUCUUCAAUUCAGAUCUGAUAUGGAAGUAGCUGAAAUUAAUUCGUACAUAGCAAAUUACUGUAAUACCUUAUCUUAUAUAAAUAAUGACUGAAUGAAAUGGAAUAUAUGAGAAUUAUGAUGAAACGAUUUCUCUUUUUCAUGGAAUACAGAAAUAAAAUUUCUGAGAAACGCGUCGUGGCGUGAUAUCUAUUGUCUCCUUCCUCGCGUAAUGCUACUAAUAAUAACCGGUUUAUCAUUUUCAAUUUUUCUUUUUUUCUUUUUUUUCUUUUUUUCUCUCUUAAUGUUCCUUGUAAUUAAUACUACAAAGAAUAAAAUCUUACGAAUAAAAGCUUAUUGUGAGAUAGAGUUGUGGGUAGAUAUUUUUUUAAAGGGUAGCAUCUUGCAACAUGUCGAUAUAAUCUGUGAUGUAUAAAUCUUUUUUAUUAAGCGCUUUCUUUUUGUUCAUAAUGGUCCAAUAUUAAAUAUGUUGAUAUUAUUGUGUAUUUGAACGGUUGUGAGUGUACAGAUAUAUAGAUUAUAUAAAUUCAAUGCACUAUUAAUCGAAGAAUGACAGUUUUUACCGAAAUAUGGAAAUAAAAUGAUAUAUAAAUCUAAUCAUUUGAACGCUCGCCACGUUUAAACGAUGUGCAAUCAAAGAAGCAGUUUGUUUCAUUCGCGUUUGCAUAGUUUUUGGUUCACACGAAUAAAAAUGUAGCUCCUGGGUAGACAUUUUGUACAAAACGACUCGAGUUGACUUUUCUCCAAUUGUUUAUCAAAUAAGUCUUAAUAAGUAGUUUAAAAGCGUCGCUGAGAUCAUUCUUGUCUUUGUAAAUGAGUGAAAGAAAAAGAAAAAGCAUAAGAGAAAUGAUUUGACUUUGAUCGAAUGGCGUGAGCACUUCUGAUCAUUAAUGUUUUAAUAAGAAAAGAGAGUAUUUGCCAUUCGGUGCUUUUUUUUUCUUUUUCUUAUCAGAAACAUGAUGAGACCUAGCGUCGCUUUUACGAAAGAUUAAAAUCAAAUGCGAUACGCGUGUACAUAGUUAAGGUUUAAGCUUCGUGUAUGGCAAUUGAUCUUAUCUUAGGAAAAAAAAGGAAAAAACAAAGAAAAAAGAAUUGAAACGAGGUUUGCCAGCGUGAGCGUCGUGUUAUAUAAAAAUACAUAAACGUAGAGCUUGAACAUCUUUCCUUUUAUGUUAAUUCAAUCAAAAAUGUUUAAUGACAUUACAUUAUUAAUUAUUUAGAUUAUCUUAAGUGAAUAAACGGUACGUUUUAUAUACAUAUAUAUUAAUAUACACACGCAUAAGUAUAUAUAAUAACUGGUAUUUAUGGGAGAAAACAAAUGUCCAAGAAGUUCGAUAUUAAGAUUUUUACAACAAAUCAAAGUGCGUGUACAUCCAUUCUUGAUACAAGCUAUAAGAAUACUCUUGUCGGUCCAAGAAACGUAGCCUUAAUCUCGUUUACAGUAGAAGAAAAAUUAAAUUGGAAAAUUUGUCUAUUUGUUAAAAUAGAAUUUGUAUAUUUUUUUACACGGCUAAGUUUGUAGAGAACAAACUGCUGGUAUAUAACGAAAGUAUAGAUUAUCAAUAGCGUAAAUAUAAAUUACGUACAUACAUAUAUACGCGCACACAUAUCCUUAUCUAAUUUUCGACAAAAGUUUUCAUAUUACUUAACCUAACGUAAAUGCAAUUUAAAUGUUUCUUCUGAUUUAAUGUCUUGCACGAUAUUCGUUUACUCUAUCUACAAUAACUAAAAAUUAUUCAACUCCUCCUUCUUCUGUUGUUGCACGUUCGUGCAAACAUAUCUCUUUUUCAAUAAUAACAACGAUCGCUUAUUGUGCGUUGCCUUUUUAUUUUUUCUUUUUUAAAUCAUCUGGAUGAUUAGACGCGCUAUGUAGGUACUUAUGAUACAUGCGAAUACUUGACAAAGUUAGAAGAUCCGUAUUCAUAAAAAUUUGAAAGAGAACAAUAAUUUAUAUCUAGUAGUGAUUAGUCGGAUUUUACGUUGUAUGUAAUAUUGACAGAAAAAGUUUUUAAUAUCAUUAGUAAUAAAUCAGUCAAUUUACAUAACGAUUGCAUUAUAAUACACGAUAUAAUGCGUUAGAUAAACGAAUUGGAUAAUUUAUGAGUAAGUACACUCUGGUUGUCUUAUCCAAACUGUAAGAUUCGGGUAAUUUUUAUUUAACACGCGGCAAGAUUUUAUCGUUUCAUCGAAUGGAUUAAGUUGCUCAUGUGUAAAUUACAUGUUAGGCAAAUAAUGUUAGGAGAGUAGUCAAUAUACCAAGCUUGGUGGAGUGAUUGCCUUA